GUCAGUGUCAGUUAAUAACCUUUGAAGUGUCAAUAAAGUGUUCGUAUUAUUUGCGAUUUAUUGUGUGAUUAUUUUUUAAUUGAAAAGAAGUAUCUAAUAAGUUAUAGUAAACUGUUCAAUCAACUAUUGUAUUAGAUUUUACGUUGUUCAUUCAUUAUGGCAGACGACGAGCAAGAUCCCAAAGAGUACCGGUGGGAGACAGGUUAUGAGAAGACUUGGGAGGCUAUUAAAGAAGAUGAGGAUGGACUGGUGGAAGGAUUGGUGGCGGAGUUUGCACAGAAAGCGGCUCGUAAAGCGGUUGUGCCCCGUCGUGGCCCCGUCAGGCUAGGAAUGAUGAGACAUGUUUUAGUGGCCGUUGAUUGUUCCGAAGCUAUGAACUCACAGGACCUAAAGCCAUCUAGAUUUCUUUGCACCUUAAAAUUACUGGAAAAGUUUAUAGAGGAGUACUUUGACCAGAAUCCAUUAAGCCAACUUGGUUUAGUUUUGAUGAAAAAUAAAAGAGCAGAGAAACUUACAGAACUGUCUGGCAAUGUUAGAAAACACUUAAAAGCUUUACAAGGUUUAACAGAAAUGGUUCUUAGUGGUGAGCCAUCUUUACAAAAUACCUUAGAGUUUGCUGGACGAGUCCUCAAACCCUUACCUGCACAUGCAUCAAGAGAAUUACUUGUGCUGUUUGCAUCCCUUACUACUUGUGAUCCAGGAGAUAUAAAUACCACUAUACAGGCUUUAAAAACAGAAGGGAUAAGAUGUUCAGUGAUUGGUUUGGCAGCAGAAGUGAGAAUUUGCAAAAAGUUGUGUAAAGAUACUGGUGGGGAAUAUGGCGUGGUGUUAGAUGAUGUCCAUUAUCGUUCCCUAUUACUGGACUCCACAAGUCCACCGCCGCGAGCGCGGGCAUUGGACGCGGGUCUCGUUAAGAUGGGCUUCCCACAUUCUGCUCCACAAACCAACCAGACUGACCCCGGGACUAAUGCAGAUCCACCCAUCACAGUUUGUAUGUGUCAUUUAGACGACGGUGAAGGUGUCGGCGGUGAAGGGCACCUGUGUCCACAGUGCCGCAGCAAGUAUUGUUCGCUGCCUGCUCAGUGCCGGACCUGCGGACUGACCCUAGCCUCGGCGCCUCAUCUGGCCAGAUCAUAUCACCAUUUGUUCCCUGUUGAGCCGUACGAAGAAGUGGCAUACGAGGGACAAUCACAAUACUGCUUCGCCUGCCUAAGGAACUUUACGGAUCUCGAUAAACAGGUGUACAGAUGUACCCGAUGUCAUGAGUUCUACUGCUGGGAGUGUGAGAGUGUUGUCUCCACGACCCUUCACGUAUGCCCCGGUUGCGCGUCUCGACCCCAUCUCUAUCAAAGACUGCCUGACACUUCAUGACCGCACCCUACAAAUAUGUAAAAAAAUAUUAUUUUAUUACAUAAAUUACUUAACAUUUUUCGAGAUAUCUCGACUGGUUUCAAGCCACGUUAAGGCCCCAUAGUCAUGAGCAGCAUUACGCGAUCAACGAUUCGAUGUGUGUCGCGUAGACAACUCAAAUUAUAAUUUUCCUCACAACAGAUAUAAUACAAAACAAUAAAAAUGGUUAAAACAACCAUUUGCCACUAUUUUACGGUUUCCAACAUGUUUUUCACGCAAGAGUUUACUGUGAUGAAUUAAAAAUAACCAUUGUUAUAAAUCUUGUUUGUUUUAUUC